UACUGGACGCCAAAGCCCACGGGCCAGAAGGCAUUGUAAACGUGCGUUUCUCUCACACUAUGUAUAAGUACCGAGUUAGCCAGUAGGUGGAGAGGAAUGCGAUGUAGGAGUAGGAGUAGUACUAUGAACUGCCUACAGAAACCCUCUAUCUUUUCCGUAGCCCCCAAUUCCUCUCCUAGAUCUGGAUCAAGGAGUGUGCCAACGAACCACAGCGCCAAGACACAGCUCCGCGUGCGUGAUCUCGAAACGAGAUCGACGUACGAUGGAAUCGGAGGCGCCGGCCGCGCUACCAGAAGACGCGCUCGCGGAGGUCCUCCGGCGUCUCCCGCCGCACCUCCUGCCCAGGUCCCGCCUGGUCUGCAAGGCGUGGCGCGACGCCGUCGACGACCGCCUGCGGGGCAACCUGCUUCCGCGCUCGGUGCGCGGCAUCUUCAUCAACUUCGAGGGUGAGUACUACACCGAGUUCUUCUCCCGCCCCUCGACCGGCCCGGCGGUGGACGGAGAGCUCGGUUUCCUGCCCUGCACGGGCGUCAAGGUCAAGGACCACUGCGACGGCCUCUUGCUUUGCCGCGAGUCGGGCUACGGCGCACCGCCGCGCCCGCGCGAGUACGUCGUUAACCCGGCCACUCGGCGGUGGGCGCGUCUGCCCCGGCGCCCGCCGCCGCACUUCCCAGGAUUCGACCACACCGCACACCUCGCGUUCGAUCCCGCCGUGUCGCCGCACUACCAGGUCUUUGUGAUCCCACGCGUGCCGUCGCAACUACCGUCCAACGGAGAAUCCGACGACGACGAUGACAACAACCCGUUGCUGGAACUGGAGUGGCCUCCCGCGUCAUACCUCGUCGAUGUGUUCUCGUCGGUGACUCGGCGAUGGGACACGACAACCUUCAUCCGGGAAGGGGAGGCUGCCGGGAUCGUCGCCGACAUGCAGUUUGGUCGGUGGUAUUAUCGGUAUCUUUAUCAUGCCGUCUACUGGCAAAGCGCGCUCUACAUCCUUUGCGAACAUGGCUAUCUUACGAGGAUUUGUUUAUGUUUGCAGACGUACAGAGUAAUUAGACUACCAGGUGCCAGUAAAUUGAUAGCAUGUUCCAAUCACCGUCUUGGAAGAUCAUCGCGAGGGGUGUAUUGUGCAAUACUUGAUGGCUCGACCAGACUUCAGGUCUGGUAUCUCAAUGAAUCGUGCAAUCGAAUAGAAUGGGUGUUAAAACAUGAUACCCGUCUUAAGAACAUUUACCAUUGCAACUAUGCUCAACAACUGGGCAGACAAUGGAUCUUACAAAGUGUUAACCCCGGCAAGGAGGACCAUGAGCAGAAAUAUGACUAUGACUGGAACUCUGACGAGGAUAACGUUCUUGACAUUGACGACGUCGUUGAAGAGGCUGAAGACGUCGCCGAAGAGGCUGAAGAUGUCGAUGAAGACGAACACAACAGAUAUUAUUUUUUCCUUGGAUUUCAUCCUUAUAAAGAGGUUGUCUUUUUGAAUUCAGCAGCAAGAGGACUAGCCUAUGACUGGAUCAACUCAAGAUUUCAGGACUUGGGCAGUUCAUGGAUAUGUCAAGGGUAUGGAAUACCAUAUGGAAAGACAGACGUAUCUUUUCCAUACACGCCGUGUUGGAUAAGCGAGUUUCCUGGAAACGAAUUAGAAACUCUUCGUUUAGAUGAGAAGCUAUAUAGGAACAAGCUGGAACUCGAGGCUCAACUUAAGGAGGAAUCCAACUUUACCUACACGGACGAGUACGAGCUGCGCAAGCAGUCUGGGCGUGCCAAGAGGGUCAAGGACUCCGCCGCCAAGAUUCGUCGCGGACGCCACAUUGCCGCUCGGUAGGAACCCAUCGUCACCAACAUGAAGUCCAAGGUGAUUCGCACCGGGGCGACCAAGUUCAGCCUUGGCAAGGCCACACAGAACUAGUAACCACCAUAUAUAGUUGGAUCCUAGUCCUAGCUACCUACUUGAUUAGUUUCUUGGAAACAAAGAUGAGUAGGUAUGUGCAAAUCAGAUGCCCUAAUAUAUCGUCUUCAGCUUCAUUUAUCUUGCCUUACUUAUCUAUAUUUCUAUUUGUGCUCAACUGCUGUCGGAGCAUUGCCUCAGUACUCUGCACAAUUUGUAUCGUUGUUAUUUCGGUUUGCCUUGUAAGACUGUGACUUUCGGAUUUAUUAAUUUAGUCAAGGCUCUGUGUUGUAACCAACAUUGGUUGUAACUUGUUGACUCAGUGGAAAACUUGU